CAUCCAGAGCUGCUGUUGGCGGAUUGUACCCACGGGGAGAUGAUUCCUCAUGAAGAGCCUGGAUCCCCUACAGAAAUCAAAUGUGACUUUCCGUUUAUCAGACUAAAAUCAGAGCCAGCCAGACAGUGAAACAGUCACCGUGGAGGGGGGACGGCGAAAAAUGAAAUCCAACCAAGAGCGGAGCAACGAAUGCCUGCCUCCCAAGAAGCGCGAGAUCCCCGCCACCAGCCGGUCCUCCGAGGAGAAGGCCCCUACCCUGCCCAGCGACAACCACCGGGUGGAGGGCACAGCAUGGCUCCCGGGCAACCCUGGUGGCCGGGGCCACGGGGGCGGGAGGCAUGGGCCGGCAGGGACCUCGGUGGAGCUUGGUUUACAACAGGGAAUAGGUUUACACAAAGCAUUGUCCACAGGGCUGGACUACUCCCCACCCAGUGCUCCCAGGUCUGUCCCCGUGGCCACCACGCUGCCUGCCGCGUACGCCACCCCGCAGCCAGGGACCCCGGUGUCCCCCGUGCAGUACGCUCACAUGCCGCACACCUUCCAGUUCAUUGGGUCCUCCCAAUACAGUGGGACCUAUGCCAGCUUCAUCCCAUCACAGCUGAUCCCCCCAACCGCCAACCCCGUCACCAGUGCGGUGGCCUCGGCCGCAGGGGCCACCACUCCAUCCCAGCGCUCCCAGCUGGAGGCCUAUUCCACUCUGCUGGCCAACAUGGGCAGUCUGAGCCAGACGCCGGGACACAAGGCUGAGCAGCAGCAGCAGCAGCAGCAGCAGCAGCAGCAGCAGCAUCAGCAGCAGCAGCAGCAGCAGCAGCACCUCAGCAGGGCUCCGGGGCUGAUCACCCCGGGGUCCCCCCCACCAGCCCAGCAGAACCAGUACGUCCACAUUUCCAGUUCUCCGCAGAACACCGGCCGCACCGCCUCUCCUCCCGCCAUCCCCGUCCACCUCCACCCCCACCAGACGAUGAUCCCACACACGCUCACCCUGGGGCCCCCCUCCCAGGUUGUCAUGCAAUACGCCGACUCCGGCAGCCACUUUGUCCCUCGGGAGGCCACCAAGAAAGCCGAGAGCAGCCGGCUGCAGCAGGCCAUCCAGGCCAAGGAGGUCCUGAACGGUGAGAUGGAGAAGAGCCGGCGGUACGGGGCCCCGUCCUCAGCCGACCUGGGCCUGGGCAAGGCAGGCGGCAAGUCGGUUCCUCACCCGUACGAGUCCAGGCACGUGGUGGUCCACCCGAGCCCCUCAGACUACAGCAGUCGUGAUCCUUCGGGGGUCCGGGCCUCUGUGAUGGUCCUGCCCAACAGCAACACGCCCGCAGCUGACCUGGAGGUGCAACAGGCCACUCAUCGUGAGGCCUCCCCCUCCACCCUCAAUGACAAAAGUGGCCUGCAUUUAGGGAAGCCUGGCCACCGGUCCUACGCGCUCUCACCCCACACGGUCAUUCAGACCACACACAGUGCUUCAGAGCCACUCCCGGUGGGACUGCCAGCCACGGCCUUCUACGCAGGGACUCAACCCCCUGUCAUCGGCUACCUGAGCGGCCAGCAGCAAGCAAUCACCUACGCCGGCAGCCUGCCCCAGCACCUGGUGAUCCCCGGCACACAGCCCCUGCUCAUCCCGGUCGGCAGCACUGACAUGGAAGCGUCGGGGGCAGCCCCGGCCAUAGUCACGUCAUCCCCUCAGUUUGCUGCAGUGCCUCACACGUUCGUCACCACCGCCCUUCCCAAGAGCGAGAACUUCAACCCUGAGGCCCUGGUCACCCAGGCCGCCUACCCAGCCAUGGUGCAGGCCCAGAUCCAUCUGCCUGUGGUGCAGUCCGUGGCCUCCCCGGCGGCGGCUCCCCCUACGCUGCCUCCCUACUUCAUGAAAGGCUCCAUCAUCCAGUUGGCCAACGGGGAGCUAAAGAAGGUGGAAGACUUAAAAACAGAAGAUUUCAUCCAGAGUGCAGAGAUAAGCAACGACCUGAAGAUCGACUCCAGCACCGUAGAGAGGAUUGAAGACAGCCAUAGCCCGGGCGUGGCCGUGAUACAGUUCGCCGUCGGGGAGCACCGAGCGCAGGUCAGCGUUGAAGUUUUGGUAGAGUAUCCUUUUUUUGUGUUUGGACAGGGCUGGUCAUCCUGCUGUCCGGAGAGAACCAGCCAGCUCUUUGAUUUGCCGUGUUCCAAACUCUCAGUUGGGGAUGUCUGCAUCUCGCUUACCCUCAAGAACCUGAAGAACGGCUCUGUUAAAAAGGGCCAGCCCGUGGAUCCCGCCAGCGUCCUGCUGAAGCACUCAAAGGCCGACGGCCUGGCGGGCAGCAGACACAGGUAUGCCGAGCAGGAAAACGGAAUCAACCAGGGGAGUGCCCAGAUGCUCUCUGAGAAUGGCGAACUGAAGUUUCCAGAGAAAAUGGGAUUGCCUGCAGCGCCCUUCCUCACCAAAAUAGAACCCAGCAAGCCCGCGGCAACGAGGAAGAGGAGGUGGUCGGCGCCAGAGAGCCGCAAACUGGAGAAGUCAGAAGACGAACCACCUUUGACUCUUCCUAAGCCUUCUCUAAUUCCUCAGGAGGUUAAGAUUUGCAUUGAAGGCCGGUCUAAUGUAGGCAAGUAGAGGCAGCGUGGGGGAAAGGAAACGUGGCUCUCCCUUAUCAUUUGUAUCCAGAUUACUGUACUGUAGGCUAAAAUAACACAGUAUUUACAUGUUAUCUUCUUAAUUUUAGGUUUCUGUUCUAACCUUGUCAUUAGAGUUACAGCAGGUGUGUCGCAGGAGACUGGUGCAUAUGCUUUUUCCACGAGUGUCUGUCAGUGAGCGGGCGGGAGGAAGGGCACAGCAGGAGCGGUCAGGGCUCCAGGCAUCCCCAGGGAAGAAAGGAACGGGGCUUCACAGUGCCUGCCUUCUCUAGCGGCACAGAAGCAGCCGGGGGCGCUGACUCCCGCUAGUGUCAGGAGAAAAGUCCUGUGGGAAGGGUCCUGCAGGGGUGCAGGGGUGCACGCAUGUGGGGGUGCACAGGCGCUGUGGCGGCGAGUGAGGGUCUCUUUUUCUCUGCCUCCCUCUGCCUCACUCUCUUGCUAUCAGCAUGGGCCGGGGGGGUUCAGAGCAGUGUCCUCCUGGGGUUCCCACGUGCAAAAUCAACAUCAGGAACCCAGCUUCAGGGCAUCGCGGAGACGCGUCAGAUGGCAGAUUUGGAAAGUUAACCAUUUAAAAGAACAUUUUUCUCUCCAACAUAUUUUACAAUAAAAGCAACUUUUAAUUGUAUAGAUAUAUAUUUCCCCCUAUGGGGCCUGACUGCACUGAUAUAUAUUUUUUUUAAAGAGCAACUGCCACAUGCGGGAUUUCAUUUCUGCUUUUUACUAGUGCAGCGAUGUCACCAGGGUGUUGUGGUGGACAGGGAAGCCCCAGCUGUCAUGGCCCCACAUGGGGUAAGGGGGGUUGGGAGUGGGGGAGAGGGAGAGAGCGAACACCCAGGCUGGUUUCUGUGCAGUGUUAGGAAAACCAAUCAGGUUAUUGCGUUGACUUCACUCCCAAGAGGUAGAUGCAAACUGCCCUUCAGUGAGAGCAACAGAAGCUCUUCACGUUGAGUUUGCGAAAUCUUUUUGUCUUUGAACUCUAGUACUGUUUAUAGUUCAUGACUAUGGACAACUCGGGUGCCAUUUUUUUUUUCAGAUUCCAGUGUGACAUGAGGAAUUAGAUUUUGAAGAUGAGCAUAUAUUACUAUCUUUAAGCAUUUAAAAAUACUGUUCACACUUUAUUACCAAGCAUCUUGGUCUCUCAUUCAACAAGUACUGUAUCUCACUUUAAACUCUUUGGGGAAAAAAAAAAACAAAAAAAAACUAAGUUGCUUUCUUUUUUUCAACACUGUAACUACAUUUCAGCUCUGCAGAAUUGCUGAAGAGCAAGAUAUUGAAAGUUUCAAUGUGGUUUAAAGGGAUGAAUGUGAAUUAUGAACUAGUAUGUGACAAUAAAUGACCACCAAGUACUACCUGACGGGAGGCACUUUUCACUUUGAUGUCUGAGAAUCAGUUCAAGGCAUAUGCAGAGUUGGCAGAGAAACUGAGAGAAAAGGGAUGGAGAAGAGAAUACUCAUUUUUGUCCAGUGUUUUUCUUUUUAAGAUGAACUUUUAAAGAACCUUGCGAUUUGCACAUAUUGAGUUUAUAAUUUGUGUGAUAUUCCUGCAGUUUUUAUCCAAUAACAUUGUGGGAAAGGUUUGGGGGACUGAACGAGCAUAAAUAAAUGUAGCAAAAUUUCUUUCUAACCUGCCUAAACUCUAGGCCAUUUUAUAAGGUUAUGUUCCUUUGAAAAUUCAUUUUGGUCUUUUUACCACAUCUGUCACAAAAAGCCAGGUCUUAGCGGGCUCUUAGAAACUCUGAGAAUUUUCUUCAGAUUCAUUGAGAGAGUUUUCCAUAAAGACAUUUAUAUAUGUGAGCAAGAUUUUUUUUAAACAAUUACUUUAUUAUUGUUGUUAUUAAUGUUAUUUUCAGAAUGGCUUUUUUUUUCUAUUCAAAAUCAAAUCGAGAUUUAAUGUUUGGUACAAACCCAGAAAGGGUAUUUCAUAGUUUUUAAACCUUUCAUUCCCAGAGAUCCGAAAUAUCAUUUGUGGGUUUUGAAUGCAUCUUUAAAGUGCUUUAAAAAAAAGUUUUAUAAGUAGGGAGAAAUUUUUAAAUAUUCUUACUUGGAUGGCUGCAACUAAACUGAACAAAUACCUGAUUUUUCUUUUACCCCAUUGAAAAUAGUACUUUCUUCGUUUCACAAAUUAAAAAAAAAAAUCUGGUAUCAACCCACAUUUUGGCUGUCUAGUAUUCAUUUACAUUUAGGGCUCACCAGGACUAAUGAUUUUUAUAAACCGUUUUCUGGGGUGUACCAAAAACAUUUGAAUAGGUUUAGAAUAGCUAGAAUAGUUCCUUGACUUUCCUCGAAUUUCAUUACCCUCUCAGCGUGCUUGCAGAGAGCUGGGUGGGCUCAUUCUUGCAGUCAUACUGCUUAUUUAGUGCUGUAUUUUUUAAACGUUUCUGUUCAGAGAACUUGCUUAAUCUUCCAUAUAUUCUGCUCAGGGCACUUGCAAUUAUUAGGUUUUGUUUUUCUUUUUGUUUUUUAACCUUUGAUGGUAAGAGGAAUACGGGCUGCCACAUAGACUUUGUUCUCAUUAAUAUCACUAUUUACAACUCAUGUGGACUCAGAAAAACACACACCACCUUUUGGCUUACUUCGAGUAUUGAACUGACUGGAUCCACUAAACCAACACUAAGAUGGGAAAACACACAUGGUUUGGAGCAAUAGGAACAUCAUCAUAAUUUUUGUGGUUCUAUUUCAGGUAUAGGAAUUAUAAAAUAAUUGGUUCUUUCUAAACACUUGUCCCAUUUCAUUCUCUUGCUUUUUUAGCAUGUGCAAUACUUUCUGUGCCAAUAGAGUCUGACCAGUGUGCUAUAUAGUUAAAGCUCAUUCCCUUUUGGCUUUUUCCUUGUUUGGUUGAUCUUCCCCAUUCUGGCCAGAGCAGGGCUGGAGGGAAGGAGCCAGGAGGGAGAGAGCCUCCCACCUUUCCCCUGCUGCGGAUGCUGAGUGCUGGGGCGGGGAGCCUUCAGGAGCCCCGUGCGUCUGCCGCCACGUUGCAGAAAGAGCCAACCAAGGAGACCUGGGGGAGGAACCGCAGUGUCCCCUGUCACCACACGGAAUAGUGAAUGUGGAGUGUGGAGAGGAAGGAGGCAGAUUCAUUUCUAAGACGCACUCUGGAGCCAUGUAGCCUGGAGUCAACCCAUUUUCCACGGUCUUUUCUGCAAGUGGGCAGGCCCCUCCUCGGGGGUCUGUGUCCUUGAGACUUGGAGCCCUGCCUCUGAGCCUGGACGGGAAGUGUGGCCUGUUGUGUGUGUGCGUUCUGAGCGUGUUGGCCAGUGGCUGUGGAGGGGACCACCUGCCACCCACGGUCACCACUCCCUUGUGGCAGCUUUCUCUUCAAAUAGGAAGAACGCACAGAGGGCAGGAGCCUCCUGUUUGCAGACGUUGGCGGGCCCCGAGGCUCGCAGAGCAGCCUCUGUCACCGCUUCUGUGUAGCAAACAUUAACGAUGACAGGGGUAGAAAUUCUUCGGUGCCGUUCAGCUUACAAGGAUCAGCCAUGUGCCUCUGUACUAUGUCCACUCUGCAAUAUUUACCGACAGCCGUCUUUUGUUCUUUCUUUCCUGUUUUCCAUUUUUAAACUAAUAACAGCAGGCCUUUUGCGUUUACAAUGGAACACAAUCACCAAGAAAUUAGUCAGGGCGAAAAGAAAAAAAAAAUAAUAUUAUUAAUAAGAAACCAACAAACAAGAACCUCUCUUUCUAGGGAUUUCUAAAUAUAUAAAAUGACUGUUCCUUAGAAUGUUUAACUUAAGAAUUAUUUCAGUUUGUCUGGGCCACACUGGGGCAGAGGGGGGAGGGAGGGAUACAGAGAUGGAUGCCACUUACCUCAGAUCUUUUAAAGUGGAAAUCCAAAUUGAAUUUUCAUUUGGACUUUCAGGAUAAUUUUCUAUGUUGGUCAACUUUUCGUUUUCCCUAACUCACCCAGUUUAGUUUGGGAUGAUUUGAUUUCUGUUGUUGUUGAUCCCAUUUCUAACUUGGAAUUGUGAGCCUCUAUGUUUUCUGUUAGGUGAGUGUGUUGGGUUUUUUCCCCCCACCAGGAAGUGGCAGCAUCCCUCCUUCUCCCCUAAAGGGACUCUGCGGAACCUUUCACACCUCUUUCUCAGGGACGGGGCAGGUGUGUGUGUGGUACACUGACGUGUCCAGAAGCAGCACUUUGACUGCUCUGGAGUAGGGUUGUACAAUUUCAAGGAAUGUUUGGAUUUCCUGCAUCUUGUGGAUUACUCCUUAGAUACCGCAUAGAUUGCAAUAUAAUGCUGCAUGUUCAAGAUGAACAGUAGCUCCUAGUAAUCAUAAAAUCCACUCUUUGCACAUAGUUUGAUCUUUACUGAAAUAUGUUGCCAAAAUUUAUUUUUGUUGUUGUAGCUCUGGAUUUUGUUUUGUUUUGUUUUUUAAGGAAACGAUUGACAAUACCCUUUAACAUCUGUGACUACUAAGGAAACCUAUUUCUUUCAUAGAGAGAAAAAUCUCCAAUGCUUUUGAAGACACUAAUACCGUGCUAUUUCAGAUAUGGGUGAGGAAGCAGAGCUCUCGGGACCGAAGGCCGGGCUUCUUGAGCUGUGUUGGUUGUCAUGGCUACUGUUUCAUGAACCACAGGCAGCUCAACAGACUGGUCUGUUGCCUUCUGAAACCCUUUGCACUUCAAUUUGCACCAGGUGAAAACAGGGCCAGCAGACUCCAUGGCCCAAUUCGGUUUCUUCGGUGGUGAUAUGAAAGGAGAAUUACACUUUUUUUUUUUUUUAAAAAGUGGCGUGGAGGCCUUUGCUUCCACAUUUGUUUUUAACCCAGAAUUUCUGAAAUAGAGAAUUUAAGAACACAUCAAGUAAUAAAUAUACAGAGAAUAUACUUUUUUAUAAAGCACAUGCAUCUGCUAUUGUGUUGGGUUGGUUUCCUCUCUUUUCCACGGACAGUGUUGUGUUUCUGGCAUAGGGAAACUCCAAACAACUUGCACACCUCUACUCCGGAGCUGAGAUUUCUUUUACAUAGAUGACCUCGCUUCAAAUAUGUUACCUUACUGAUAGGAUCUUUUCUUGUAGCACUAUACCUUGUGGGAAUUUUUUUUUAAUGUACACCUGAUUUGAGAAGCUGAAGAAAACAAAAUUUUGAAGCACUCACUUUGAGGAGUACAGGUAAUGUUUUAAAAAAUUGCACAAAAGAAAAAUGAAUGUCGAAAUGAUUCAUUCAGUGUUUGAAAGAUAUGGAUCUGUUGAAACAAUGAGUUUCAUACUUUGUAAAAAAAAAAAAAGCAGAGAAGGGUUGAAAGUUACAUGUUUUUUUGUAUAUAGAAAUUUGUCAUGUCUAAAUGAUCAGAUUUGUAUGGUUAUGGCCUGGAAGAAUUACUACGUAAAAGGCUCUUAAACUAUACCUAUGCUUAUUGUUCUUUUUGUUACACAUAGCCCUCGUCUGAGGGAGGGGAACUCGGUAUUCUGCGAUUUGAGAAUACUGUUCAUUCCUAUGCUGAAAGUACUUCUCUGAGCUCCCUUCUUAGUCUAAACUCUUAAGCCAUUGCAACUUCUUUUUCUUCAGAGAUGAUGUUUGACAUUUUCAGCACUUCCUGUUCCUAUAAACCCAAAGAAUAUAAUCUUGAACACGAAGUGUUUGUAACAAGGGAUCCAGGCUACCAUCAAACAGGACUCAUUAUGGGGACAAAAAAAAAAAAUUAUUUCACCUUCUUUCCCCCCACACCUCAUUUAAAUGGGGGGGUAAAAACAUGAUUUCAAUGUAAAUGCCUCAUUUUACUUUUAUUUUGGUUUUUAUUUAAUAUAAAGAGGCCAGAAUAAAUGCGGAGCAACUUCUCAGAAUAGUAUUCCUGUCCAAAAAUCAAGCCGGACAGUGGAAACUGGACAGCUGUGGGGAUAUUAAGCACCCCCACUUACAAUUCUUAAAUUCAGAAUCUCGUCCCCUCCCUUCUCGUUGAAGGCAACUGUUCUGGUAGCUAACUUUCUCCUGUGUAAUGGCGGGAGGGAACACCGGCUUCAGUUUUUCAUGUCCCCAUGACUUGCAUACAAAUGGUUCAGCUGUAUUAAAAUUAAGUGCAUUUGGCCAAUAGGUAGUAUCUAUACAAUAACAACAAUCUCUAAGAAUUUCCAUAACUUUUCUUAUCUGAAAGGACUCAAGUCUUCCACUGCAGAUACAUUGGAGGCUUCACCCACGUUUUCUUUCCCUUUAGUUUGUUUGCUGUCUGGAUGGCCAAUGAGCCUGUCUCCUUUUCUGUGGCCAAUCUGAAGGCCUUCGUUGGAAGUGUUGUUUACAGUAAUCCUUACCAAGAUAACAUACUGUCCUCCAGAAUACCAAGUAUUAGGUGACACUAGCUCAAGCUGUUGUCUUCAGAGCAGUUACCAAGAAGCUCGGUGCACAGGUUUUCUCUGGUUCUUACAGGAACCACCUACUCUUUCAGUUUUCUGGUCCAGGAGUGGGGUAAAUCCUUUAGUUAGUGCAUUUGAACUUGAUACCUGUGCAUUCAGUUCUGUGAAUACUGCCCUUUUUGGCGGGGUUUCUUCAUCUCCCCAGCCUGAACUGCUCAACUCUAAACCCAAAUUAGUGUCAGCCGAAAGGAGGUUUCAAGAUAGUCCUGUCAGUAUUUGUGGUGACCUUCAGACUAGACAGUCUUCAUUUCCAGCCAGUGGAGUCCUGGCUCCAGAGCCAUCUCUGAGACUCGUACUACUGGAUGUUUUAAUAUCAGAUCAUUACCCACCAAACUUCCAAUCGUAUGCCUCCCACAGGCCAAGGGAAAACAGACACCAGAACUUGGGUUGAGGGCACUACCAGACUGACAUGGCCAGUACAGAGGAGAACUAGGGAAGGAAUGAUGUUUUGCACCUUAUUGAAAAGAAAAUUUUAAGUGCAUACAUAAUAGUUAAGAGCUUUUAUUGUGACAGGAGAACUUUUUUCCAUAUGCGUGCAUACUCUCUGUAAUUCCAGUGUAAAAUAUUGUACUUGCACUAGCUUUUUUAAACAAAUAUUAAAAAAUGGAAGAAUUCAUAUUCUAUUUUCUAAUCGUGGUGUGUCUAUUUGUAGGAUACACUCGAGUCUGUUUAUUGAAUUUUAUGGUCCCUUUCUUUGAUGGUGCUUGCAGGUUUUCUAGGUAGAAAUUAUUUCAUUAUUAUAAUAAAACAAUGUUUGAUUCAAAAUUUGAACAAAAUUGUUUUAAAUAAAUUGUCUGUAUACCAGUACAAGUUUAUUGUUUCAGUAUACUCGUACUAAUAAAAUAACAGUGCCAAUUGCA